CCUGAGGUUUAAUUGCGGUACCAGUUGCUCAAAAAGGUAACCAUGGGUGUGAUAAAAGUGGUUUUCUCUCUGACGCUGUUCGUGCUUCUCUUGGAGGGAGCACGAGCACGCGUUCCCCCUAAGAACGACUCGUCAGAGCAGACAGAGUCGAAGCGUGUGAGUCUGUCAGCAAGUGACAUGUCACGUAUGAAUCUGUCAUUACUGGAAAACACCUACGAGGAAAUCGCUUCGGAUGUCGACCACCGCAAGGGGCAAGUUGCGCCCUACUUGGAACAAGCCCUCAAGUGGGGUCAAAGCCAGAGGUCCAUUCCGAAGUUGAAAAAAGCUCUAGCUCGGGGCUUGAACUACACAAAGAAGAAUAUCCUGGAAGCCCACAAAAAAGCCAAGGGAAAAAUUUGCGAACGCCAAGCAACGGCUAAGAAUAUGAUAGGUUUCUUCCCACCUUCAGAUCCUGAAUUGGAAAAACUGACCGACUCUACCGACAGCUAUUCACAGGCUCCCGGUUUUCAAAAGCUUGAUCAACUCAUAAUUCAGUUCGAGAGUGUGGAGGAUCGCGCUGACAGCCAAUUGAAUCCUUUCACAGGCAGGAUGCCAAUCACCCUAACCAAAUGGAAAGCGUACUUUGCGCGUAGGGGCAGAGAGGCGGAGAAACUAUUUAACAGCGAGAUGGAUCUGAUCAAGACCGCAUCUCAGACCGUACUUGAUACUUUAUCUGAUGCAUUUAUCACCAAGGACAACCUGGAAGAGCCCAUGAAGAUUGGCCAAAAAUCGAUGAACAUUAAAGAAAAGGCAGCACUCUUGAGGAUGGUAAUUGAUCUUGGUGAAAAACUGGGAUGCACUCAUAAAAACUGGGAUGAUGACCGGUCUGAUGAAGAUGACUGAUCUUGAUGAAAAACUGGGAUGUUGAGGAACACAGGAAAACUUACGGUCACGGUAUACCGUUUCGUUUCACCGAAACGUAACGUUUGAUAACCCUUCGCAAAUUUUGAAGAAAAAAGAAACAAAAAUUAUAAUAUGAAAUGAAAAUAAAGUUAAUCUAAAUUUUUGAA